AUGCCGAGAUUCAACAGGGUGUCAGAUACCCCUAUCGUUACGAUAGGCGAACCGCGCGAGCUGAAUCCUCCAGACGAAACGAGACGGCGAGAAGAGUUCAAAAGAUUGAUCCGUGGAUACAAGAGAUCAGACAGCAUUAAUGUACUAUCAUUGGCGGUCGAAGAUCAGGCAUUCUAUUGCAAGACACUCGUCAAGGGAGUCUUCGAGAUGGUCGGUGUUGAUCACAACAAGCACACACCGUGCUACCAGGCAUGCGUUGAGAAAUGCGUUUUGACACGCGUAUUGGAAGCGCAGAAUUGGUCGGGAUGGGGCGGCUACCGCGAUUUUACAAUGAAACUGUCAGAAAUUGCAAGACACACGAUGUUCUUCAAAGUCGUUCACAUCAUGAAUGCACCAAGCGUGGUGGCGGCUAUCGCAGUCAAGAAACUACGACAUGUAGAUACGAAUGGCAAGGAUGAUGUUUCUUCGCUCUUGACGAAAGCGAAGACCUUUGAAUAUGCCCAUGCAUCCAUCCAAGUGUGGAAACCGACACAUAAGGUGAUAAGGACAGACCGGCCCUACGACGGGCUUCCACUUGUGGAUAACGAAGUCACCACACUGGACGAAGAUCGCGCCAGCACCGAAGAUGGAGAUGAAGACAUUGAAGUGCUAUCAAUGGCCGACGUACAACAAACACGCAACCAGGCACAGCUUAUGCUGGAGGUGCAGCAAUUCGAGGAACCAAGGGCCAGGCCCCGAACGCCAACUCCACCCCCGCCCAUCGUGAGAAAGACGGAGGUGACGAUGACGAGACAAUAUAACCAUACACCAUGUACCCUUCAAGGCAUGUAA